ACACGCGUGCUCGCUGUCGAAAGAGGAACCGGAAAUCUUUAUCUUCCCGUUCAUCAAAUUGAUACUAUGCCUUUUUCACAAAAUAUUCUUCCGUUUAGUUCUAGCAGAGCACUUGGUUCUAGUCAUCGUAAGCAGCAACGUUCUUUGUCUUUAAACACCACAAUCGGCCCAAGUGAAGAAAAGUCAGGUAAGGUAUAUUUGAUCUUUUUUCUUCAAUACCUGCGAUAUGAAGCCUUUUUCUCCAGCACUCCGCUAAUAACGUUUUAAAAUGCAUGAUGUUUUGAAAAGGAGGUUUUGCAGUGUUAAAAUUCUUUAAAAUAGUGUUGUGAGGAACUCGCGGUACGAAUAAGGAAUAGGCUGGGAAAUAAAAUGUGAUCGAGUUAGGCCUAGGAAAUCAUGAAAAAAUGCCAAUUGUUGUUGAAUGCAAUCUUGCCUGUGAGAAGGCUAUUUUAUUGUAAGUUAUAAUUUAAUAUUCAAGAAAAAAUAGUUAAUGACAGUAAUUCAUAAAUCAGAGUUCUCUGCGGUAGCACAUCUUUCUCCCCUCGAAAUUUUUUUUUUAUUAUUUGUGAUGACGUCAGGCAGUCCUUCUCCCGUUUCCUCUAUCACUGCUGCUCGAACAUGUAAAAAUGCUCUCUAAUAUUAAAUCAUAAUUCAUUAUGUUUUUUUUCAGAAAUGAAGUAUAUUGCCUUUGUUAUCGUUCUUGGUACUGUGACAGCCCUGACUGGCGGGAAUCAAAUUGACUGCAGAAAGCAAGAUUUUCCAAUACAUCUCCGAGGAUCUUUGGAAGUCAUACUCGAACUAGAAUCCAGAUCUUUUAACUGGACCCUCGUACUCCUUGUCAAGAACCAGGAAGCAACUGUAGCUCAGAUAAUUUUUGAUUUUGAGUCCAGUAAACUGAAGAUAAAUUGCACUGAUCACAAAAAUAAGUGGGUCCUUUUUCAGCACAGUUCUACCUAUAAACUGAAGGUUAAAGAAAAGUCAAUAGAAGUGGAGCAGUAUCUGACAAGAGGCGAAUUUGACUCUAUCUCGGAAGCGAUUUGUUACCAGUCAAGGAGUUUCCAUCAAGGUCUAAAGAAUACUUUAAACCUUGGUUUCCAUAACGUUACCCUAGAGAGAUUUGGUGGUCCAGAGGAUGACGGUCUCAACAUCAGCGUUUGUUCCCCUCUGAACAGCACAUCGGCGACAGAAGAUACCGCUACCAUCCAAGUCAUUUUAGUUGGGGCUGUUGGGCUUACCAUCGCUGUAACAACUGUAGUCUCGGCUGUAGUAUGUGCUUUAAGGAAGAGGAAGAAGAAGAAGAAGAAUGCAGCAGCAGCAGCAUCUCGAACACCCAGCAACCCCAAUCGCCAAGAAUCGGGAGACUUUUUCUUAACGCGGAUUCAUCAAGGGCCUCCAGAUUCAGACUUCGACAGGCCCCUGUGCUUAAACAGAAGGCAGUUACCAGAAACCGACGACUCUAGUUACGCAACGACCCAGAGAACUUUAACACUUCCAGAACUUAACGUAAGCCCAUCUUCUGAACUCACCGGCACAGCUGGGUUCUUGUCGUGGACUCGUGAUUGUAACGAAUGCCACGAGUCACAGUCGUCCUUGGCUUCCAGUUCGCUGGCUCCUACUGGACAUUACGAUUAUGGCUAUUCACAUUUAAUGGUCAGAUCACCACAGUCCCCUCAGUUGACGAUGCCAAACACCAACCUUUCCCGAACCCUUCUUGAUGUCCCUUCUCAUUAUUCUACGACUGGGAGGCCUGGUACAUCGGUUUGCAGUGUGGUCAUCAGGGUUCAGACAAGGCGCCAACAUUAG